CCUUAUUUUAUACAUGUAUCGAGGUAAUUUCACGUGAACCGGGUGUGUUUUUAGUUCGUGUAUGUGACGGUCAGACGCGUACCUCAGUUUUGAGAGGAUAGAGGCGGAAACAGGCUGCUGUCUGCGGGAUGCAGAGUCAUCUGAGCAGCUGGUCCUUGUCUUCAUCAUGGCCUCUGGAGCUUUGUUCCCCAGCAUGGUGUCUGGGUCCCGUGGAUCCUCAAGCAAAUACCUGGUGGAGUUUCGUGCAGGGAAAAUGACCAUGAAGGGAAGCACCGUGACCCCUGACAAGCGUAAGGGACAGGUCUACAUCCAGCAAACCGACGACUCCCUCAUCCACUUCUGUUGGAAAGAUAGGACAACUGGGAACGUGGAUGAUGAUCUCAUCAUCUUUCCUGAUGACUGUGAGUUUAAGCGGGUGAACCAGUGCACCACAGGACGGGUCUAUGUGUUGAAGUUCAAAGCUGGAUCCAAAAGGCUCUUCUUCUGGAUGCAGGAGCCAAAGACAGAUAAGGAUGAGGAGUACUGUCGCAAAGUGAAUGAAUAUCUCAACAACCCGCCGAUGCCCGGCGCUCUCGGCAGCGGUGGCAGUGGAGGACAUGAUCUGUCUGCUCUGGGAGGUGAGGGCGGCUUGCAGAGCCUUCUGGGUAACAUGAGCCACAACCAGCUCAUGCAGCUCAUUGGACCAACUGGACUGGGAGGCAUCGGUGGUCUUGGAGCAUUAGCUGGACCAGGAUUGGCUAACCUCCUCGGCAGCAGCAGCGUUCCUGCAGCCAGUAACUCCUCCACAAGUCCGUCCACCGCCGUCACCCCCACCUCCACCUCCACUGUGAGUCGGCUCGGCUCCUCCCAGGUGCCCACCACUCCCAUCACUCCCUCCGCCACCUCGGCCGCCUCCCCCACAGCCACCACCCCCUCCACCCCUGCCGCCACGUCCAUGGCAGCAGCAGGCGCCAACCCCACACAGCCCAUCCAGCUGAGAGACCUGCAGAGCAUCCUGGCCACCAUGAAUGUGCCCGCCAGCAGCCAGGGAGUGGACCUGGCGAGCGUCCUGACGCCUGAGAUCAUGGCUCCCAUCCUGGCAAACCCUGAGGUGCAGCAGAGGCUCAUGCCCUACCUGCCGUCUGGGGAGUCGCUGCCUCAGAGCACAGAAGAGCUCAACAACACGCUCAGCUCGCCCCAGUUCCAGCAGGCUAUGAGCAUGUUCAGCAGCGCUCUGGCAUCCGGGCAGUUGGGGCCUUUAAUGAACCAGUUCGGUUUGCCAGCAGAGGCUGUGGACGCUGCCAACAAAGGAGAUGUGGAGGCUUUUGCAAAAGCCAUGGAGACAGAGACGAAGUCAGACCAAGACGGAGACACCAAAGACAAAAAAAGAUGACGAUGAGGAUAUGAGUUUGGACUAAGAACUGUACUGAUUAAUGUGAUAUUAAUUUAUUAGCUGCUUCUGCCGUUUUGUAACUAUUACACAUAGAUAAUUAUUGAAUAUGGUAGAAACUGUGACUAAGGCCUCGUCUCAGCUGAUUGUGCCGUGUUCAUCCACCAGUGUGUUGACUUAAUAUACUCAGUUUCCUGGAGCUUCUCCAUUAGAUUAAACUGAAUGAACACGUCUUCUGCCUGCAUGUCGGCUUCCCGCCCAUUGAGUCCCAACACUAGGGAACAGUAAAAUGAGCAGAACCUUA